UAGAAAAAUUCUUUAAUUCUUCAUCUUUCUCGAAUUCCUUGCUCAUCAAGCUUCCUCUUCGAUCUUCCUGUUAGACUCGUCGUGCUUGCGAAUUCCUCCUUUGGUUUCCUUUGCAAUCGUUCUUUAUAAUCCUAACCUCUAUAUGUCUACCAAAAGAGUAGAUAUGGGUUCUAAAGAUUAUAUUAGCAAUCUACCAGAUGAGAUUCUAGGCAAAAUCUUGUCAUUGCUUUGGACAAAUCGUGCUGCUUGCACAUCGGUUCUGUCAAAGAGGUGGAGGAAUCUGCUUGCGCUUGUAGACAACCUUGAUUUGAAUGACGCAAGUGGUGAUCAUCGAUACUUCUGUGAUUUCGUGGACAGAACACUUGCUCUCUUAAGCAAUUUUACCACCGUCAAGAGAUUCUCCCUGAAUUGUGACUUUAAGCAUGCCUCUUCUCGGGUGCGGAGUUGGAUUCACACUGUCCUUGAGCGCGGCUUCUUGAAACUUCACUUGGAGACCGCACGUAUGCAUCGUAUAGACACUGAGGUCUUCACGAGCAACACACUGGUUGACCUCACAAUAUGCGGUCGGUUUUAUGCUGAGGGUCGUCUUCCUCCUGGGGGAGUGUUUUUCCCAGCGCUUAAAUCACUUUCUCUAGUUUCAGUGAAGUUCAAAAAUGCUGAGAUGUAUCAGGAUUUCAUCUCUGGCUGCCCUGUGCUUGAGGAAUUAUUCCUACAUUAUGAUAAUGACACCAGACGCCUCGCUUGGAAUGGGCUCGUAUCGAGUCCUUCAAUCAAACGACUGAACAUCUAUCACAAUCUUCCCGAGUUACGUUUUGGUUGCUUGCAGACACCCAGCCUUGUGUAUCUUGACUAUUCUAAUUAUGUCUUGAAAAAGUAUGCGGUUGAUUUGGGUUCCCUUGAAGAAGCUAGACUCAAUAUCCGAUCUUGGGAGAGAGUUAUAGAUGAAAAUGAGGGUGAGAGCUAUGAGGAGGAAGACGAAAUUUUUGGUGAUGUUACGGAUCUGGUUAAAGGGAUAAGCAAUGUUAAAACCCUUCAUUUAUAUUCUGAUUCUCUUGAGGUGUUUCACUUGUGCUGUGAUACAAUGCCGGUGUUUCACAACCUCGUUACUUUAUCUUUUGAGAGUGACAAAGAAAUAGGCUGGCAAGUGGUGCCACUUCUCCUCAACAAAUCUCCAAACCUAGAAACUCUAAUCAUCAAGGGUCUUUUGCACCAAGUAACAGAUAUGUGUGGGAAUGCCUGUCCUUGCAUUCCUAAGAGGAGGAAGAAGAAUAAGAAGAAGAAGAAGGAGGAGAAAGAAUGCUGUUUAUCGACAUGUCAAGUGAAAGUGCUAAAUAUUUCAGGGUAUCGAGGUACUUGUAGAGAGCUGAAACAGAUGAGGCAUUUCUUGGGAAAUUUGAGAUGUCUUGAAACUGUCAAGGUUGGUGUUACAUUGAAACGCAGAGAAGAUAACAAUGGUAUCACCAAUGAUGUUAUGGAGCUUCCUAGAGUUUCAUCAAACUGUCAGAUCCAAUUCUUUUGAUUUUUCUCUUGAAACCUGAAUCAUUAACAUGCCAAAACAAUAUUUUGGAAGAUACACUUUUUUCCUCUGCUAGGAUAAUCAAUAAUUUGCUAUUUA